AUGGAAGAAGAGGAAGAAAGAAUCAAAGCUGAAUUGGCUGCUCAACCUCCACCUGAUUGGAGUGAAGGAGAGAAAGAAGGUGAAAUCAAAGUUUCGCCAGACAAGUUAUCAGAAAAAGCACGGUUGGGGUUACAAGUCAAAAGUGCCAUAGAGAACAACUCUCAUGUGCCAGAUGACGUGAUAACUCGUUUGAUGUUUUUGACAAUGCUUCAUCCCGAGGAGUAUGUACCACUUGUCGCACCAGCCCCAGCUGCCGCCGCCCCUUCAGCGAAAAAGAAGUCCACUGCGGCAAAAGGGACAACCCCUGGAGUAGGAAAUCUUCACCGAAAUGGCUUCGUGUUGGACGGUUUUCCUCAAACCAGCGGACAAGCAAUGGCAAUGGAGAAGUGCUUGACAGGCAUUGAUUUCGAAGCACAGGAGGCCAAAAAUGCCAAAGCUUCUAAAAUUGCCCCUCCUCCUGAACCUGGAGUUCGACAGCUAGAAAAAUCAGGACUUGAUGCUUAUCUUGUAAUUGAAUCACCUCCUGAGGAUGAGGUCUUAAGGAAAUUGUCAGCCAGUGUUAUUGACCCUGCAAUAGGAUGCAAUUAUCAUCCACUGACAAAUCCUGUACCUCCAAAUGAUAAAACUGGGAUUGUGGAGCGCCUCCAACCAGUGGAAUCUGUGGAGGUGAUUCGUGCAAAACUUGCUACUGAAGCUGAGAUAACUCGAGAUUGCUUCAAGAUCUUGCGCAGGUUUGACAAUUUGCUUAACGUGCCGCAACAUCUUGGUGAGAACGGAAUUAUGACUCCAGAAGUUGAGCAUGCAAUGGCAGCUAUUAACAUAUUAAUCAACAGCAAAGCUAGAUAUAAGGCAAUACAAAGUGCAGCUGAUGCUGCAAAAUCGGCGGUCGAAGUGGCAACUCAGGCAAACCAGGAAGUUGAAACAGCCAGCAAUGCAGCGAAGGAAAUGGCUAAAGUUUUCUUCAAUGCAAAGCUGGCAGAGGUGAAGGCAGAGGUGAAGGCAGAGCAAGCGAUCGCUGCCAGAAGUGAAGCGCCAUCGAUUACAAUUUCUAGUGAGGCAGCUGUAAAAAUGCUUGAUGAAAUUACCAAAGCUGUGCAAGGGGCCCAAGAUGCUGCAGCAGCUUCGUUAGCCGCAGCUGAACAGGCUCAGAACCACGCUCAUGAUUCUCAGAUGAUUGAAGGGGAUCCUCAGGCAUCUAAUAUUUCCCAAGAAGAAGCAGAGAAAGCACUAGCGGUUGCCAGAGCGGAAACAGCUAAGGCUGCAGCUGCAAGUGCAAACGCUUCUGCUCUCUUAGAAAAAGCUAAGGCUAUGGCUGCAAGUGCAAAGGCUUCUGCUACCUUGGUGAAAGCAAAGGACAAGGCUGCAGGCUUUCGACCGCCAGCACUUCCUCCUUCGAAUCGACCACCAGCAGCCGCUCCGUCGAAUCGGCCGCCGCCGAUGAAAGAAUCACCUGAGGAAUUUGUGAAGCCUCCACCAGAUCCAGUUCUGGUUGAGAAAGUGAAGAAUGCAGAGUUGGUUCAUGAGAUCUGGGAAAAAUUAGAAAAGAAGUAUUUGGAGACAAUACAAGAGGCAUUUAGGCUCUUGAUUUACGAACGUGAGCGCACAAUACCGUUGCUUAUUGAGGUGAAAAGGAACUUCAUUGCGCUGUUACAGCAGGAUAAUGGAAAGCAGGAUCUCUUCGACGACUUUCAGGGUCGGUGGAAUAGGAUUGAACUGGGCCAUCGGCGCAACAAAGUGAUGAGAGCGAGACUGCAUGAAGAGGGAAGCAGAUUUGGAGAAACAUUGCGCUCGCUCGCUCGGGAAAGGCUUCAGAAUGGAAAAGAUCUUGAGCAGCGGUAUCUCGAGGACUUACUGGAUGAACGAACUGAAACUUUCACCUAUAUUUUUACAAUGCUGGUACAAGCAGAGUUGGACAGGCAUAUCGAAUCUUGUGGUUUAUUACACGAACACUAUACAAAAAGAGUUGGCUCUAGUUUUUCAAGCCAGUUUCGGUGCAGCUUGUCAAGUAUUCGCAGACCGCCGGACUGGAGAGUUGGGACUCCAAGAUGGUUAACACCUCUCGAAGGUUCCUAUCCAGAGUUUUACGUGGUUUUGAGCGAGGCCUUAUCCAAGGCGGGCAACCUGCUGGAUGUGAUUGCAGGUAGAGAUGGAUGGGGCACGAAGACACACCCGCGGAAGCCAGUGACAAGAAGAAUGAGUGGUCGUCGCUUGACGUGGAUGCGAGAAGUAAAUCCCAAGUCACGUGAAGAAGUACCGCUUGAACUUGAUGUAGACCCCGCUAUUGCCCGCGAGCAUCAAAUUUUUUCCUAUCGCGUGGAACUCCUGGCAAGGACUGCAUGCAAGUAUCUAGCGGAAUUGCAACCAAUUUGCGAUGGUGCUUAUGGUCAUUUGGAUGAAUGGCUCAUGAGGCGUUGUGAUCAUGAAUCUGCUUUAAUUGAAGAUGUUCGAUCUGUUAUUAUCGAGGCUGCAGAGGAAUGUAUCCCAUUGUGGUAUCGAGUAUGGAUGGAAAUUGAUGAAUUUAAAGUUGAAGAAGAACAAAUCACCACUAUGGUGCAUGUUCCUCCUGAGCCUAUCAUUGACCUUACACCUUGGCACAUAAAAGUGAUGGAAUCACUUAGUAACAAAUUCAAGGCGUUUAAUGGAGACUUUGCUACAACGCAAGAGGUUACUCAAUCAACCUUGUCUGCAAUUGACGAUGUUUACCAGAUGUGGAGGAAUCUUCCAGAACAUAAGAUCUAUCCUCGACUUCCUCGGUAUAAGAGUAGGCGUUACGGGCAUUUUCAGCAUUGGGCGAAUCUGACUAAUGAUAUUGUUGAGCAAUCAUGUGGAAAUGAAGAUCCAGGAAUUUCAACUGUUAUUCAAUGGCAACCCUUCCUUGUAUCUCUUGCGGAUGCGCAUUUUGAUUACAUCAUUUCAGCAGCUACAUUAGAAGAUAUUGUACAAGCUCGCACUGAUUUCUUUAUGGUGGUGGCAACAAAGCAGCCAGGACAUCCAUCUGAAGGAUGCAUCACAUUGGACGACUUUUUGAAUAUUAAAAUGUGGUUUGAUAGGGAAGACUUUGAUGAAUACUCAGAUUACGACACAAACAAUGACGAGGAUGCAGCCAUGGCGGACAAUUAUAAUCUUUCAAAAUCAUUAAAAAUUUAUAUUUUUUCUGCAUUGGAAAGAUCCAACCAACGAUACCAGUACAAGACUGUUGGUCUCCCAUGGCAGACGUUACUCUUGUAUCUUUGCCGAGAUGCAUGUUUGGAAACCGCACUCCGCAAAGUCUUCACUGUGAUUGCCAGCACUAUGUCUCCGGAUGAAGCACAAUUGAACCCAACGGAGUUGAUCCAAGCACUAUAUCCAAGUGGAAUUGAUGGUGCCAUAGACGCUGGAUGCAUGACAUGGACCAUUGAGGAUAUUAAGGACGUCCUAUUCAAAGCUGAUCUCGAGAAAGCUACACCUGCCAAGGAGCCUCGGACGUUGCUGUCAUAUGUUAGCAGCGAUACUACGCCAGCAUAUGAAAAAGACACCAUAUCCCAAUUCUUCGACAGUCGAAGCAGCAGCCACCAAUCGCAGAUGAGUGAGUUCGAGCAGGGUUGUACACGCGAAUUUCUGUCGAACGCUAUGCUGGAUUCUGUAUCCAGCAAGGAGGGAACAGUGACUCCAUGGCAAGAAUUGGAGGAGCAUGAGCUCACAGACGCUCCGCCGCAGCAGCAGCCUAUUCCUGCUCGGCUCACAGUGGAGGAUUGUGUGAAGUUGAGUGCCACUGCUAAGCUAUGCAGCUCUCUGGCUGCCAUCUUUCGACAACAUUCUGUGAAUGUCACUCAAAUUGCAUCAGACCGAAAAUGACUAUACCUCUCUUUGUUUGAUUUUGUGGUCACACCCACCCAACUUCGAUCGUUCUGACGGGUAUUGAUAUCUUCGUCUCCGAUGUGAGGUUGGAAGCUGGAUGUCUGUUGAUUUAUGUUGUUUUGUAUAGUUUUGUGUAGUUUUUGUGCUUGUAUUCCGGACUUGUGGUGGCUUUCAUUCUCGCAUGGCUCUCUUAUGAGCUUGCUUUUUAUACGAUUCGUUUAUGGGAAAGAAGAUUAGAUGAUUUUUAUAA